CGGCCACGGUUCCGUCUCCACCGUCCAGCGCAGAGUCCUUCGUCGCCCCGGGUGCUCUCUGAAACGAACUUCCUCGCCCGAGUACACCCCGGAUGCUCCAGCCCGACCCGACGCGGCUCUAAAAUCUGUCUCUACCACCGCCUUUCCGUUCCCGUUCCCGUUGCCGUCCCACCUCAUCGCGACGACGAGUACCUGGCUACUUCGUCCGCCGCCGCCGCGGAGCCGGGAGGCGAGGGUCGAGGCCGAUGUGGGGGCUGUCGGCGGGGACGCUGCUGAAGCCGGUGUGCAGGUGGCUCCUGAAGCGGCUCGGGGACCUCACCCUGGGCGACCUCGACCUCGACCAGUUGGACCUCCAGCUCACCCGCGGCACCCUCCAACUCUCCGACCUCGCGCUCAACGCCGACUUCAUCAACGCCAAGUUAUCAGGAUCUCCUAUCACAGUUAAAGAAGGAUCUAUAAAAUCCCUGCUAGUUAAAUUACCUUUACAGUUAAGGAGUUGGAAGAUUGAGAUCAUAGUGGAAGGGUUGGAGUUUGUACUUGCACCAUCUGUUGCUAGUGAAGCCCCACCUGUAGAUACUGAGUGCUCUGUUUCUGGUGGUAAUACUGAUACAGAGGUGAGAUCGGCUGAGACCAAGAGGAAUGAACCUGAUAGUAAUCCCUGCUCUACUUCUGCAUCUCGAGAUGUGGAUGAUGGUGUGAAGAGAAUAGCCAACGCCAUCAAGCAGUUUCUUACAAGAUUUAAUAUCAAGUUGAAAAAUACAUAUGUAGUAUUUGAUCCUCAAAGCAUUUUGGAUAAAAGGGCCUUGGAAUUUAAUCGGUCGCUAGUUUUCCGAACUAAAGAGAUACAGUGUGGAACUAAUCUUUCAACAGACGGUCCGGUCAAAUUGAAUAACUUGGUAACAUUCCAAGAGGCGGUCAUUGAGUUUUUGAAGAUGGAUGAUGUUGAUGCAAAUCUUCAGAACGAUCUGGAUAGAGGAACAGCUGACAUUUCAUCAUAUCAUAGUACUACUGCGGUCUUGACAGGUCCCAUUGGUGGAUUCUCAGGAACAUUGAACUUAAGCAUCCCAUGGAAUAGUGGAUGCUUAAACUUUCAAAAAGUUGAUGCAGACAUAUCUGUUGAUUCAUUAGAAUUGCAGUUACAGAUGAGCAGUAUCCAAUGGUUCAUGGAUGUAUAUGAUUCUCUUUGUAGGAACUCGGCAGAUGAACAUAAUUGUGUACAUAGUACUGCAGAUAUGUCUAUGAACGCCUCCAGAGCUUCCUUAUGUGCAUCCACAUCAAGCUCUUCGAAAUCAGGUUCAGCCUCUGCGAUAGCUAGCGGGGAAGGUUUGUCACAGAGAGCAUUUUCUCGAAGCAGGCAAGACAAUUUUCAGGAUGGUUUCCUCAACAAGGCACAUGUGAUUCAAGACUGGGUUCCGGAUCUUGUUGUCCACAGUGACCAAGGUGAAUUUGAUUCAGAUUGUGACGAAAGCAUCAGUCAGUUCUUUGAAUGCUUUGAGGAACUGAGGAGCUCUCAUACUAAUUUAGGGAAUAGUGGCAUAUGGGACUGGACGUGUUCGGUAUUCAACGCAAUUACUUUUGCAUCCGCAUUAGCUUCUGGAUUCGAUCAAGUCCCUAAAGAAACACUGAUUGAGAAAACCUUACGGGCUUCCAUUGCUCAGAUAGGCAUUAUUCUUUUGUUCAGUGAUGAAAUGGAUACUGGCAGUUCCAGUAUUCCUCUGAGUCUCGUCAAAGAUAUGAGAAGUUCGGAAAUGUUUUCAAGCUGCCUUUCUCCUGCUCAUUUUGAGCGAUCGAUGAUAUCUCCUGCUACUGCUUCCAGUUUAAGUAUGCAUCAUCUUGAAUACAAGUGUCAUAACAUCCAUCUUGACCUUGAGACAUAUCCGAAAAACUUGAGGUUGAGAGCAUCGAUUGGCCACAUGAGGGUCGAUGAAUACUACAGAACUGAAAAGCAUGAUUCAGAUCACACACCCGUUAGUGCUCCUUUCUUAAAUAGUGAUUAUUGUCAUGAAGUUCAAGCUGCUCUCCCUUCAUUCCUGUUUGCUGCUCAAGAUUACUGGGUAGAGUCAUCUGGAUACUCUUCAAACAAUUCAAGUAAUAAAGUAGCUAAGGUUGAAUUGCUUAAAACAUUUGGUGAUUCCACAUUCCAUUAUGAUGUUAGUAGCACAGAUCGAGGUGGCAACUCAGUAAGUUCAACUUCACUGUCAAUCUGUUUGGCUCCACUAGUUUGGUGGGUGCAUUUCCAUACAGUACACAUGCUACUGAAUUUUAUCAGUAAAAUUGAGUCUGAUGUGGUGCGCGGAGAGCAUAAACUCGAUAUGCGUGGUGAUACAGAAAACAGUAAGUUGACUACCAAAACUAAUAUUUCACCAAGUGGGAGUCUAAAGGUUCAGAUGGCUCUCUCACCUUCAAGAAUCAUCAUUUGCUUUCCUACUGAGUCCCCAUGGGAUUUAAGCCGCCCAUCCAUCCUGGAUACAUUCCUUGUCAUUGACCGCACAACAUCUCUGGACUCAGGGGAAGCUUCGUCUCCAUUCCGAAAGGAAAGGCCUAAUGAUGCUCAUUCCGGCAUACCAUCUACCUCACUCCAUUUGGCUGCUGGGAACUUCGACAUCUAUUUGCUUAGACCGAUGAGCUAUGAAUUGGAUGACAGAAGCCAUUCUUUGAGUAGGCAAACUUUUUUUGCUCUGAAGAUUAUCUCAGUCACUAGUUACAACUGUGGCGACUCUAGUAUUACAAUGAUCUGGAGAAAAUACCCUGUAACUGGCCCUGAGAUGGUUAGUAAAGCUUGGAGUUUGCCAAACCUUCAUGACCAAAAGAUUACUCAGGGAGAAAGGGGCAAUUUUGUUGGUGUUUCCUCUUAUACAACCUCACAGGAUCUCGAGAAGUCGAGUUAUAGUAUACGCCAGGAGCUCCUUCAGAGCACUGAGUGCUUUCUGCAUAUUAAACUUUCUUCAGUUUCAGUUCAUCUCAAUAAGAAGGAUUGUGGAUUACUGAAUCAGCUACUAGAUUGCAUUCUCAGCGGGCUGUCUGAUGGUGCAACGAGCAGCUCUGAAAGUGGAAGGGACAAAUCUAUGCCUAUCAAUGAUGUCGCCAUCCAGUCAGCUAUCACUUUUGAAUGCAGCUUUUUGGAUAUUUGUACUGAAUUAAAUGAAACUGUGGUAGUUGGUCCUUUGCUGCAGACAGAACUAGAAGGUUCCUGGAAUUGUUUUAAGCUGUCCAUUUCAAAAAUUUCCCUGUGCUCCUUUUCUAAUGUAGGCGGAAUCAAUAAUGCCAGUUUUCUUUGGGUGAACCAUGGUGAAGGUGAGCUUUGGGGUUCUAUUACUGGUACAAAUGAUAAAGCCUAUGCCGAAAGCAAAGUUUUUCUCCUAGUUGUCUGUAAGGACUCUGCUAACAUGCGAGGUGAUGGCGAAGGAAACAAUGCACUAUCUUUUGGAACUUCUGGCUGUUCUGUGACCCACAUCAGGAACCCAAAUCUACAAGAGAACUAUACUUCUGUCAAUUUUCGUUCUGGGACAAUUGUGGCACCUGGUGGACGCAUGGAUUGGAUCACUGCAAUGUGCCUGCUGUUUAAUGCAGGUUCACACGAAACUGAACAGUCCAAUAACAGCAGAACAGAGGAUAAUUCAUGUCCUGGUGACCGGUCAUCUUUUUUUCUUGAGUUGGUUGAUGUUGCUGUGAGCUAUGAAUCUCAUGUAAAAAAUUCCACCUUCAGCGCUGAAGCUCCUGAUUGCAAGUCUUUUUCAUGCAUUUUAGCUGCAUCAUCAUUUAAACUUCACAGUAUAUCUGCACCAGAUUCUGCAGCUACAGAUUUUGAUAUCCAGCUGCGAGAUCUCGGGCUUUUCAUCUGUGAAUCAUUUGGUUCCAAAAAUGCCACUUGCGGUUAUGGUGUUGAUUAUCUUCAUAAAAUGGGUUACACUAAGAUUGCCCGUGACACGUUCAUUGAAGCUGCUCUAAGAAUUGACACUUCCUUUUGGAAGCUUGAAAUGUCAAAUUCACAAUUUGAUAUUGGUACAUGUCGUGAUACAACACAUGGUCUUAUUUGCUUGUGUUCCCAACUCCAGAAGCUAUAUGCUCCAGACAUGCGUGAUGCUUUAGUUCAUCUACAAUCUAGGUGGAAUAGUGUCCAGCAAGCAAACAACCAUAAUAUGGCCAGUGAUGCAUCAGACAAGUCAGAGAGCAGCAUUGACAACUUGGCAUAUUCUGGAGAGUGCUUGUCAGAUGGAUUACUUGAUGAUAUAAUUGAGAAUGCUUUUUACACAGACCAGGACUACAAAGCCUACAAUUUUUCUAGCAGAAAUUGUCACAACUCACCAAGUAGCAACGGAAUGGAUGUUGAGCCUGAGUCGCCCACCCCUGGGGCAACUGACGUCAGUGUUUCACACAUUUUGUUUGGAUCAUCAUUAGCUACUCCAAAAAUCAAUACUACUGAAAUACCAUUGGAACAGGACUCCUGUCAUGAACAAAUUAUUGACUCUUAUUAUAUGCCUGACACAUCAUCGUCAACUCUAUGUAAUGUAGGAUAUCAAUGUAUAUCUGGUGAUGAUGCUUACAAAACCAUGGAGUUUGAAGAUGGUGGAUGGUAUAACAGUAUUCCCUUGACAAUAGUUGAGAGUCAUGUUCCGGAAAGGAACAACCCACAAGGAGGGCAUGUGGCCGGCCAAGAAGGGAAGCCUACUGUUUGCAGCUUGAAUUAUGAGGAAUCUUGUUAUUUGAAAGGAAAGGUUAUAAUUCAUGAUGUAAAUGUCAAUUGGCGAAUGUAUGCUGGAGAUGACUGGUCAUUAGCUCACAAAGAUGUAAAUAACUUCUCAUCCUCAAGUGGAAGGGAUAUGAGCUCUUCCUUAGAAUUUCUUAUCUCGGGGCUUGGUGUACAGUUUGAUAUGUAUCCAGAUGGGGGUGUUUCUGUUUCUAAGCUAUCUAUCUCUGCACGGGACAUAAAUCUUUGUGAUCAAAGGGUGGAUGCUCCAUGGAAAAUGGUUCUUGGCUGCUACGACUCAGAUUACCCAAGAGAAUCUUGUUCUAGUGCAUUCACGUUAGAACUGGAGUCUGUAAAGCCCGAGCCACAGACUCCUUUGGAAGAUUACAGAUUGUGCCUUGAGAUUUUGCCUCUUCAAUUGCAUCUUGAUCAAGGGCAGCUUAAGUUCCUCAUGUGUUUCUUUCAGAAUGACUCUUGUGACAACAGCUCUCAUUUGACUUGCAAAAAUGAUAUUGUUCAUAUAGAGAGCACAACCUAUGGAAGCAAUACAGUUCUGGAUGAGGCAUUACUUCCGUUCUUUCAGAAAUUUGAUGUCAAGCCUAUUGUUCUGCACAUCAACUAUAUCCCUCGUCAGUUUGAUCCUGUUGCACUAGGCAAAGGAAAUUAUGCAGAACUUCUCAACAUCCUUCCGUUGAAGGGAAUCGAUUUGAAGCUUAAACAUGUUUCUGCAAUGGGGGUGUAUGGGUGGAAUAGUAUUUGUGAAACAAUUGGUGCAGAGUGGUUGGAGGACAUAUCUAAAAAUCAGGUCCAUAAAUUGUUAAAAGGGCUUCCUCCUUUAAAAUCAGUCAGUGCCGUUGUUUCAGGCACUAAGAAAUUGAUAUCUUUACCCAUCGAAAGUUACAAGAAAGACCGGAAGUUGGUCAAGGGAAUGCAAAGAGGUGCUGUUGCCUUUAUCAGAAGUGUUUCCAUUGAAGCCGUAGGGCUUGGUGUCCAUUUGGCAGCGGGAGCUCAUGAUAUGCUGCUGAAGGCAGAACAUGCCCUUGCAGCUCUUCCACCACCUUUAGCCGUGUGUGAAGCUAAAAGAAACAAAGAUAACGUAAGGGCAAACCAACCCGAAAAUGCGACACAAGGAAUAAAGCAGGCUUACGAAAGCUUUACUGAUGGACUUAGAAGGACUGCCUCUGCUUUGAUUGGGAACCCUAUUAACGUGUAUAAUCGCGGGGCUGGUGCCGGAUCAGCACUGACUACUGCAAUUUGUGGAGCUCCAGCUGCUGUAGUAGCUCCAGUAUCUGCAACUGCCCGUGCUGUACAUUAUGCACUUCUUGGUAUAAGGAACAGCCUUGAUCCUAGACGCAAGAAAGAAUCUAUGUACAAGUACCUGGGGCCUUCUCAACUGUAGACUUCAUCGACAUUCCGUCGUGUCUCUCCCUGGAAGAAGUGGUCAAGCAGCACCCCUGCUCAAUCUCACCAAACGACGAGCAAACUUGUAUAGGAGAAGUGAAUUCUGCACAGCUAGGAAUCGUACCCUUGAGAACCAGCAUCAUUUUCCUUGUUCUUGAUGGAGAUUAUAGAGGUGUACAUUUUGUAGGAAAGAUUAGAUCAUAUACGGCGUAAGCCUUGUACAGUCUGUAAAGUUAGCACACCCCACAGCUGUAAUUCAUGGCGCCUUUUCCACCCCUGGUGCAAGUUUUGUAAACUCCUUGCUUAGGCAAUCACCAGAGAGAGGAGAUAAACUCUUCCGCCUCCAUUUCGAUUGUACAUAGUUUGGCUCUUCCUUAGUUGUGCGGAUGUAAAUAUGUCUCUUCUGUUUUUGACACUUUUGUAAAUAUCUCUUCUGUUUCUGUUGGGGCUAUGGUUUUCGGCUUGCUAAAGCAGUGAUAAUAAGUUGCCUUGCCUCUUAA